ACAUCGAGUCGCUCUCCUCGGUGCUGAAAUCGCCGCUAGUCUCUACAAUGUAAUCGGCGAUGAGGCCAAACAGAGCAUCGGCCAAGAUAACACCAAAAUGGACGAUGACUUAUUUCAGCUGAGACAACUUCCUGUUGUCCGCUUCCGUCACACAGGUGAGAGCACUCGCUCAGAGGAGGAUGUUGAGAACAGAGGACAGGAGGUCAGGACAGCAGAAGAUGUGGAUGCUGAUCUGGAGCCUGUGGCUCUCGCAGAAGGAGCUCCGGUGCCACGAGAGUUUGCCAAUCCAACUGAUGACACAUUCAUGGUAGAAGAUGCUGUGGAGGCCAUAGGCUUUGGGACAUUUCAGUGGAAGCUGUCCAUCCUCACGGGUCUGUCCUGGAUGGCAGAUGCUAUGGAGAUGAUGAUCCUCAGCAUCUUAGCCCCACAGCUCCACUGUGAAUGGAGAUUGCCGAGCCUCGAGGUGGCACUGCUCACAUCGGCAGUAUUCAUUGGGAUGAUGAUCAGCUCGUCUCUUUGGGGAAACAUAUCUGACAAAUACGGUAGAAAGACGGGCCUGACAAUGAGCGUUCUGUGGACCAUUUUCUACGGUGUCAUGAGUGCAUUUGCUCCCAUUUACGGGUGGAUCCUGGUCCUUCGUGCGCUGGUGGGCUUUGGCAUUGGAGGGGCACCGCAGUCGGUGACCCUGUAUGCUGAAUUUCUUCCCAUGAGGUCCAGAGCUACAUGCAUCUUGCUGAUUGAGAUCUUUUGGGCUCUGGGCACAGUUUUUGAGGUCCUUUUAGCGAUCCUGGUGAUGCCCACUCUAGGCUGGCGCUGGCUGCUCGGCCUUUCCACCAUCCCUCUCUUCAUAUUUGCUUUCCUGUGUUAUUGGCUGCCAGAGAGUGCUCGGUAUGAUGUGCUGACAGGGAACCAGGAAAAGGCUCUGGACACUUUGAAACGCAUCGCCAAGGAGAACGGAGCCCCCAUGCCCCUGGGUAAACUCAUCGCUGACAGACAGGAAGAGCGUGGGAAGAUUCAAGAUUUAUUUUCAUCACAUUUCCGCUGCACCACAGUUCUGCUGUGGUUUAUCUGGUUUGCAAACGCCUUCUCCUACUAUGGACUGGUGCUGCUCACAACAGAGUUGUUUCAGGAGGGAGGUGCAUGUAGAAUGUCCAAACAAGAUAAGAAGGAGCUCCAAUGCAGCUUAGAGUGUAAAUAUCUGAAUUCGGAUGAUUAUAAAGACCUGCUGUGGACGACGUUGUCUGAAUUUCCAGGACUCCUGGUGACUUUGUGGGCCAUUGAUCGACUGGGACGGAGGAAGACCAUGGCGCUGUGUUUCCUCAUCUUCUCUCUGUGCAUCAUUCCUCUGUAUGGCUGUGUAGGGAGAGCUUCCAUGACGGUGUUAAUUUUUAUUGCCAGAGCAUUCAUUGCGGGAGGUUUUCAGGCUGCUUACGUUUACACUCCUGAGGUUUAUCCCACAGCAACCAGAGCUUUAGGUUUGGGAACAAGCAGUGGAAUGGCCAGAGUUGGCGCACUCAUCACUCCUUUUGUUGCACAGGUCAUGCUGGAGUCCUCUGUGUACCUGGCUCUCUCUGUGUACUGCUGCUGCUGCCUCUUUGCUGCCGUUGCCUCCUGCGCUCUGCCCAUUGAGACUACGGGCCGAGGUCUGCAGGAGUCCAGCCAUCGGGAGUGGGGACAGGAGAUGAUCGGCCACAGCUCAGGAGGGAUCCCUCACUCCAGCUCUGGCUCCCAGGGCUGAGGACGAACACGCUGGCUGACAUGCAACCAAAAAGGGAAAAGGCGAGACGAGAAGAAACAGGACAAGAGAAGAAAGCUAAAGCAGAUUUUUGGUCUUCAUCUGUGUUUCUUCUGUUUAGACAUCAUGGUGGCAGACGAGAGCC